GCCGCCUGCCUUCGCCCCGCUCGCCCCCGGGAGAGGAUGCUCCGGGCUUUCCAUCGUCCAGGCGGCAGAAGAUGAAGCCGCGGCGCGGCCUCCCCUCGCCGUCACCGCCGGAGCGCGCUGCCCGGGGCGCGCUCCCGCCGCCAGGUGAAGGCAGCUGAGCCGCCCGUCAGGGUCAUCCCUUCUCUGCUUCCCUGUGGAUCGAAGGCGGGUAGGCGGCCCCCCGCCAGCCCCCUCCCGCCCCAGGACCACGAACGUCUGGAGCGGAGCCUCCUUGCAUGCGGCGCUUGCUGGAGUCUCCACCCGGAGCUGUGCAUGUGGCUGCUGGAGGGGGCUGGCCAGGCCCCGCAGCCAGCAGGUGCUUUCUAUAUGGAGAAAAGCGGCUGUAGCCCAUUCCCCAUGUGCUGGGCUAAAGAAUAUGACAGAUACCUAGCAUCUAGCAAAACCAUGGCAGCAGCUUACCUUGACCCAAACUUGAAUCAUACGCCAAGUUCAAGUGCAAAGACACACCUUAGUACUGGGAUGGAGCGUUCCCCAGGGACCAUGGAACGAGUCUUAAAGGUUUUCCACUACUUUGAAAACAGCAGUGAGCCAACAACGUGGGCCAGCAUCAUCCGGCAUGGCGAUGCUACUGAUGUCCGUGGCAUAAUUCAGAAGAUUGUGGACAGUCACAAAGUGAAAAAUGUGGCCUGCUAUGGGUUACGGCUCAGUCAUCUGCAGUCUGAGGAAGUUCACUGGCUACACCUGGACAUGGGGGUGUCCAAUGUGAGAGAGAAAUUUGAACUAGCCCACCCUCCAGAAGAAUGGAAAUAUGAAUUGAGAAUUCGGUAUCUGCCCAAAGGAUUUCUGAACCAGUUUACUGAGGACAAACCAACUCUAAAUUUUUUCUAUCAGCAGGUGAAAAAUGACUAUAUGUUAGAAAUAGCAGAUCAAGUGGACCAGGAAAUUGCUUUGAAACUAGGUUGCCUUGAAAUCCGGAGAUCCUACGGAGAGAUGAGAGGCAAUGCAUUAGAAAAGAAGUCCAACUAUGAAGUGUUAGAGAAGGACGUUGGUUUAAGACGUUUUUUCCCGAAGAGUUUGCUAGAUUCAGUAAAGGCCAAAACACUACGGAAAUUAAUCCAACAAACAUUUCGACAAUUUGCCAACCUCAAUAGAGAAGAAAGUAUUUUGAAAUUCUUUGAGAUCCUCUCUCCAGUGUACAGAUUUGACAAAGAAUGCUUCAAGUGUGCUCUUGGUUCAAGCUGGAUUAUUUCAGUGGAACUGGCAAUUGGCCCAGAAGAAGGAAUCAGUUACCUUACAGACAAGGGUGCGAAUCCAACUCAUCUAGCAGAUUUUAAUCAAGUGCAAACUAUUCAGUAUUCAAACAGUGAAGACAAGGACAGAAAAGGGAUGUUGCAACUCAAGAUAGCAGGUGCUCCUGAGCCUCUGACAGUGACAGCACCAUCCUUAACCAUUGCAGAGAAUAUGGCUGACUUGAUAGAUGGAUAUUGCCGGCUGGUGAAUGGAGCUACGCAAUCUUUUAUUAUCAGGCCACAGAAAGAAGGUGAAAGAGCUUUACCAUCAAUACCAAAGCUGGCCAACAAUGAGAAGCAAGGAGUAAGGUCACACACAGUCUCUGUGUCAGGAGUCAAUCACUGUCAGCAUAAAGUAAAGAAAGCUAGACGCUUUCUCCCUUUCGUCUUCUGUUCCCAUGAGCCGCCGCCUAAGGAUGAAAUUAGUGGGGACGAGACAGAUGACUAUGCAGAGAUCAUAGAUGAGGAAGAUACUUAUACAAUGCCAUCAAAAAGCUAUGGAAUAGAUGAAGCCAGAGAUUAUGAAAUUCAAAGGGAGAGAAUUGAGCUGGGGCGCUGCAUUGGUGAAGGACAGUUUGGAGAUGUACACCAAGGCGUUUACGUGAGUCCGGAAAAUCCAGCUAUGGCUGUUGCAAUCAAAACAUGUAAAAACUGCACCUCAGACAGUGUUAGAGAAAAGUUCUUACAAGAAGCCUUAACGAUGCGUCAGUUUGAUCAUCCUCACAUCGUGAAGCUCAUUGGAGUUAUCACAGAAAACCCAGUUUGGAUAAUCAUGGAACUCUGUACACUUGGAGAGUUGAGAUCAUUCUUGCAAGUAAGAAAAUACAGCUUGGAUCUGGCCUCUCUGAUACUCUAUGCUUACCAGCUUAGCACAGCACUUGCCUACUUGGAGAGCAAAAGAUUUGUACAUAGGGAUAUUGCUGCUAGAAAUGUGCUGGUAUCUGCCACUGACUGUGUGAAGUUAGGUGACUUUGGUUUAUCCCGAUAUAUGGAAGACAGUACUUACUAUAAAGCUUCCAAAGGAAAAUUACCCAUCAAGUGGAUGGCUCCAGAGUCAAUCAACUUCCGACGGUUUACCUCAGCUAGUGAUGUGUGGAUGUUUGGUGUGUGUAUGUGGGAGAUCCUAAUGCAUGGGGUAAAGCCCUUCCAGGGAGUGAAGAACAAUGAUGUGAUUGGGCGAAUUGAGAACGGUGAGCGGCUCCCAAUGCCUCCAAACUGCCCUCCUACCCUCUACAGCCUUAUGACCAAGUGCUGGGCAUACGACCCUAGCAGACGACCCAGGUUUACUGAACUUAAAGCACAGCUCAGUACAAUACUGGAGGAAGAGAAGCUGCAGCAAGAAGAACGAAUGAGAAUGGAAUCCAGGCGACAAGUCACAGUAUCCUGGGACUCAGGAGGAUCAGAUGAAGCUCCUCCCAAGCCCAGUAGGCCUGGCUACCCCAGUCCAAGAUCCAGUGAAGGGUUUUAUCCAAGUCCACAGCACAUGGUACAGCCAAAUCAUUACCAGGUGUCUGGAUACCCUGGAUCUCAUGGGAUACCAGCCAUGGCAGGCAGCAUUUAUCCUGGGCAGGCUUCUCUCUUGGAUCAAGCAGAUUCCUGGAACCAUCGAUCUCAGGAAAUACCAGUGUGGCAACCAAACAUGGAGGAUUCAGGCACUUUGGACAUAAGGGGAAUGGGACAGGUUCUACCCACACAUCUCAUGGAGGAGAGAUUGAUACGACAGCAACAAGAGAUGGAAGAAGACCAGCGUUGGCUUGAGAAGGAGGAAAGAUUCCUGAAACCUGAUGUACGGCUCUCCAGAAGCAGCAUUGACAGAGAGGAUGGAGGUCUCCAGGGCCCAGCUGGUAACCAGCACAUAUAUCAGCCUGUGGGUAAACCAGAUCACGCAGCUCCGCCAAAGAAGCCUCCCCGCCCAGGAGCCCCCAGCCAUUUGGGCAGCCUUGCAAGCCUGAACAGCCCCGUGGACAGCUACAACGAAGGCGUGAAGAUUCAGCCACAGGAAAUCAGCCCCCCUCCUACAGCAAACCUGGACCGCUCCAAUGACAAAGUCUACGAGAAUGUCACUGGGCUGGUGAAAGCAGUCAUAGAAAUGUCCAGUAAGAUACAGCCAGCUCCCCCAGAGGAGUAUGUGCCGAUGGUGAAGGAGGUUGGUUUGGCACUGAGAACCUUACUGGCAACAGUCGAUGAGAGUCUCCCAGUGCUUCCUGCAAGCACUCACAGAGAGAUUGAGAUGGCACAGAAGCUGCUGAACUCGGACUUGGCUGAGCUCAUUAACAAGAUGAAACUGGCCCAGCAAUAUGUCAUGACCAGCCUGCAGCAGGAGUACAAAAAGCAAAUGCUGACGGCUGCUCACGCUCUGGCUGUGGAUGCCAAAAAUUUGCUGGAUGUUAUUGAUCAGGCCAGACUGAAAAUGAUCAGUCAGUCCAGACCGCACUAAGUACUGAGGGAAGAGGUUCAUCAGUCCAAGAAUUCUGAUGUUAUUUCACCUUCCACCAGCAGUGAGGACUAAACCCAGUGUAGUCCUGGCUUUCCAGCACCUCUUACUUCAGCAGACCUGACUGACCACUGUUGGUUCUCUCUCAUUGUGAAACUUUACCAGUUUUUGUCAUAAAGCCAAGCUGGUCUGGGAUUCAGAAAGUGGCAUUAUCACAAGGUGAAGUUUGUACAGAAGCCCUCACGAUAUCACACCCGUGGAGCACACUUCACUUUUGUACCGUCGGAUGGGGCACGCUUAGCCCCGAGCUGCCACAGGGUUACGGUCUCAGAGCCCAACCCUAUUGGAGCAGCGGCUUGGAGACAGAUAUUGUGAAGUGAAGAAUUCGGGGAAACCUCAGGGCUGAGAAUUCUUGCCCACAGUCUAUGAACUAUCCAGACUGGAAUUUUUUUAUUAGAACACUUACGUCGCAAUAUGCUAAUCACACUUUACAGAGAAAGAAUAAAAAGCUAUAUUUUCAAGACUUCAGUCAUUUCCAGACAAACUAAAACCCUCUUCAUCUUCCCGCCUUUUACUUUUAUGUGAACGUGUGAAGCAUUUGUUUGGAACUAGCUGUAGGACACAACUGAAAACUCAUCUUUUUCACCAGAGUAACAUGCCAGUUCUUUUGUAGCAAUGUUGUUUUCCUUGGAAGCGAAAAUGCUGCUUUGUACCAGAGCAAUUCAGAGCUGCAUUUGGAGGAGUUCUGUAACCAUUCAUGUCCCCCGUUUUUAUAUAAUUUAUAAAGACAGAGUAAAGCCAUGUCAACUAUUUUAAACCCACUGUAGCUAACUAACCCAUCCUUUUUGUCUAUCUUACCUGGGAGAAUUACAGUAGAGCAGUGUAAUUAGAUUUUCCUUGGUUUUCCGGUUAUGCCAUCUGUUCUGUUAAAAUAAAAACCACACUCCCUUUUUGCUGUUGAGGGAUAUAAAUUAUUCUCAGGAAGAAUAUAAUGAACUGUACAGUUACUUUGACCUAUUAAAAAGGUGUUACCAGUGACGCUCUGGCUGUCUUCUUUUUGUGUGUGCCCUCCAGAAGAAAGCACUCAAGGUUUGUCCUCUGCUUGGAAUCCUUCCCCACACCCUAACCAUAAGCAUUUACCAAUUCUGCAGGAUUUGAGGAGCAGCAGUAAGCAUUCAAAGAGAAAACCCAAGCUUAAGGUAGUCUUCAGGAGGCAGCAUUUCCUCCAAAGGUGGGGCA